UUAUUAAAAGAAGAGUAGAGUCAUGUCUCAAGGUUAAGUUGGUGGUUACGAAACUAUUCAGUAAUGGAGAAGUUAAAGGAUGAACAAAUGGAGCAUCAUCAAUCUUUUGAGGCCAAGGAUCCUUUAACUGAGUCCAUUUAUAGCCUUCAGAUUGCAAAGGAAGCACUUGAACAAGAAGUGAAAAAAUUUGGUGACAUUUGCAACCAACCUCUGUUAUCUGCUUCAACUUCCUUGGAACUCAAGGCAUUGAGCAAAUCGGAAGAUUCUAAGGAUGAGUACCUCGCCGAUGCGAAUUCAGUCUCUGUCAAGACACUGGAGAAGCAAGGAUCACUAUCUAGAAUUCAAGUGCAAGUUCCUAACAGAAUUGAAGAUUUUGGUGACAUCAUAGCAGUUGUGGAAACUUGUAUGAUUGAGAGAAGUGUGUAUAAGCUCACAUUUUUAUUUUCAUUACAGUUCAUAUUAUUGAUCUUGGUUUUUUUACUUUUCGACUCGCGGUUAUCAAUUGAUUCUGCUGUCGUUGCUCCGACAUGAAUCAGAGAAGUUACCUUCACUGUGUGCAUUCUCAGAAGAUUCUAUGUUUGAAUCUUAAAUUUCAGUCUCAUUAUGUAUGCUAAUCUCAUUUU